GCAAGUCAGGGCAGCCCCCUGGCUCCGGGAGCGCACCCUUUCUGGAGGACGGGCGGCGGCGGCGGCGGCGGCGGUGGCAAAAGGAUGGCAUCGGACCUGGCCCUGCACAGCGCCGACCUGCCCACUAGUCCCUUGGCCAUGGAAUAUGUUAAUGACUUCGAUCUGAUGAAGUUUGAAGUGAAAAAGGAGCCGGUGGAGACGGACCGCAUUAUCAGCCAGUGCGGCCGCUUGAUCGCUGGGGGAUCGCUCUCGUCCACCCCGAUGAGCACGCCGUGCAGCUCGGUGCCUCCUUCGCCCAGCUUCUCGGCCCCCAGCCCGGGCUCCGGCAGCGGCAGCGACCAAAAGACUCACUUGGAAGACUACUACUGGAUGACCGGUUACCCGCAGCAGCUCAACCCGGAGGCGUUGGGGUUCAGCCCGGAGGACGCCGUGGAAGCGCUGAUCAACAACAGCCACCACCAGCUCCAGACCGCGGCGGCCGCGGCGGCCGGCUUCGAAGGCUAUGCGAGAGGGCAGCAGCUGGGCGCGGGAGGAGGAGGAGGAGGCGGCGGCGGAGGCGGAGGAGGAGGAGGCGGCGGCGGAGGGUCGGGGGGACCCAUGCCUCCGGACGAGAUCGGCUCGGCGGCCGCCGUAGUGUCGGCGGUGAUCGCGGCCGCCGCGGCGCAACAGCAGCAGCAGCAGAACGGCGGCGGCGCGCCCCACUACCACCACCACCACCACCACCACCCGGCCGGCCACCACCACCACCAUCAUCCGCAGCAGCAGCAGCAGCAACCGCCGCCGCCGGGCAGCGUGCCGUCUUCGGCCAGCAGCACCAGCAGCAGCAGCAGUAGCAGCGUCGGCGGGGGAGGCCUCCACCACCACCCGCACCACGGCGGCGGCGGCGGCGGCUUGCAUUUCGACGACCGCUUCUCGGACGAGCAGCUGGUGACCAUGUCGGUGCGAGAACUCAACCGGCAGCUGCGGGGCGUCAGCAAGGAAGAGGUGAUCCGGCUGAAACAGAAACGACGGACCCUGAAAAACCGAGGCUACGCGCAGUCCUGCCGCUUCAAGCGCGUCCAGCAACGGCACGUCUUGGAAUCCGAGAAGAACCAGUUGCUCCAACAAGUGGAACAUCUGAAGCAGGAAAUCUCCAGGCUGGUCCGGGAGAGGGACGCCUACAAGGAAAAAUACGAGAAAUUGGUCAGCAGCGGGUUCCGGGAAAACGGAUCCAGCAGCGACAAUCCCUCUUCUCCAGAAUUUUUCAUGUAUCCAAGAGAAUCCUCUACAACGGUGAUGUGAGAGUUUCCUGUUGCCUGGAGCCUGAUAAGAUAACACGAUGCCGGUUUGCAGAUGGCUGACAACAAUUUUCUGGCAUGAAGAGUAAAGCUACAAAGCACAAAACAAUGGGGGAAAAAUAAAAUAAAAACCUACAAACAAAUGAACUCGGGAUAGAACAAGGGGGAAAAAAAAGUGAAUUUUCAUGGUGUCGAAGAAUUCUUUAUUUUUCCUCAAGUUUUCUUUUCUUAAAAAAUAAACAAAAAUAAACAAAAGGAACUAAGACAUUCACAGGAACUAUUUCUCUUCAGGUGACAGUACUCAAGCAUGUUCUUUUAUUACAUUUAAACUGAAAAAAAAGAAAAGAAAAGAAAAACCGAAUGAACAUAGUGCUGAGUGAACUGGGCCACUGGUGAUGAUAUUUGAUGUACAUCCAACUUUCCUUAAAAUUCUCAAUUUUUAAUCCCUCUGGCUACUUACACCCUAUGUGUUUGUAAAGAAACGAGUUCACCCUGCAGUAUUUAGAGAAUGGUUUGCAAAUGUAACUUUUAAUAUCAUAUUUUAUGGAUAUUGUACUAUAUAUAUUUAACUAGAAUGGGUGUAACCUGGACUUUGAGAAUCUUCUCCUUUGAGGCAAAGUGGUUUUCAUUUGCUAUCAAGAAGACUUUUCGAUUAUUUAAUACUUGGGAUUGUUUUACUGAACAUUUAAGUGCAGAAAGCAAAACCAGCCAUGGGCUAUUCUCCUUAGAGAGGAGAAUCCAAAUAACAAACUGAAAUUCCAAGGGGGUUAUUUAAGUCUUAUGUGUGUUUCAUUUUUCCAAGCAAGUACAGUAUAGAAAUCAAACUUCUCCAGGGCCAAUUUAACCCAUUGCAGAAAAGUAUUUUUUUUUAGUCCUGCUACCAAACAUCCACUAUAGCAGGGAGCUGGGAUAUCCCUAGUGUGUGUACCUGUUUUAAAACAUACUGCCAGGCACUUCACACUUUAUUUUCCUAGUUG